CCUCUUGCAGGCCUUCAAAAGAGAAUGACUUGGCCGAUGCGCAAAGCCAAAACGAUGACAUGCCUGCUCACCCAAUUACUGGUCGCUUCUAGUACUGCCACUUCCUUUCUCAUUGCCACGCCAAACGGUCUCUCCAAACCUUCUUGCUCUCUGCCAAAUUCAUCUCCGGCUUUUCUGGGGCGAAAUUGGGGGUCUGCAUUUCGUGGGUUGUGUUCGAGCUCCGGCGAAGCGAGAGCCAUGGCCAACAGACCCGUUUCUACAUUGCAGAGCUUGCAAAAUCAGGACUCCAUAUCGUACCUGUCGCAGCGUGAAGCGGCGGAGAUCGACGAGAUUCUCAUGGGUCCUCUUGGGUUCAGCGUCGACCAAUUGAUGGAAUUGGCUGGUCUCAGUGUAGCUACGGCUAUUGCGGAGGUCUACAGAUCAAGUGAUUUUAAGCGUGUUCUUGCUAUUUGUGGUCCUGGGAACAACGGCGGAGAUGGUCUUGUAGCUGCUCGUCAUCUACAUCACUUUGGAUAUAAACCAUUUAUUUGUUAUCCAAAACGUACUAGUAAGCCUCUUUAUGAUGGUCUGGUUACUCAGCUGGAAUCACUCUCAGUUCCUUUCCUGUCAGUGGAAGAUCUGCCUACAGACUUAUCAAAUGACUUUGAUAUUCUAGUGGAUGCAAUGUUUGGAUUCUCAUUUCACGGUACCCCAAGGCCUCCUUUUGAUGAUUUGAUCCAGAGGCUGAUACGUAUUCAAAAUAAAGAUCAAAUUCAUCAGGAAUCACCUCCUGUUGUCUCCAUAGAUAUUCCAUCUGGGUGGCAUGUUGAAGAAGGUGAUAUCAGUGGAGAAGGCAUUAAACCUGACAUGCUGGUUUCUUUGACAGCUCCAAAGUUGUGUGCCAAGAAAUUUCAUGGUCCACAUCACUUUCUAGGUGGAAGGUUUGUUCCACCAUCCAUUCUAGAUAAAUACAAACUUCAACUCCCACCAUAUCCUGGCACUUCAAUGAGUGUCCGAAUCGGAAAGCCUCCACAAACUGACAUAUCAUCUCUGAGAGAGAACUAUAUUUCUCCCGAGUUUCUUGAGGACCAGGUAGAGGCAGACCCCUUUAUUCAGUUCCAGAAAUGGUUUGAUGAUGCCCUGGCUGCAGGCUUAAGGGAACCAAAUGCUAUGGCCUUGUCAACAGCUGGCAAAGAUGGGAAACCUUCAUCACGAAUUGUAUUACUAAAAGGAAUUGAUCAAGGUGGUUUUGUCUGGUAUACCAACUAUGAAAGCCAAAAGGCUCGUGAAAUAUUUGAAAAUCCUCAUGCAUCACUUCUAUUUUACUGGAAUGAGCUAAACCGCCAGGUAAGAGUGGAAGGAUUUGUGGAGAAAGUCUCUGAAGAAGAAUCUGAUCAGUACUUCCACAGUCGUCCUCGAGGAAGUCAACUUGGAGCAAUAGUUAGCAAGCAGAGCACAGUAAUUGCUGGACGGCAUAUUCUCGACCAAGAUUAUAAAGAAUUAGAAGCAAAAUUCUCUAAUGGAAGUUUGAUCCCCAAGCCCAAACACUGGGGAGGAUACAGGCUUAAACCAGAGGUUUUCGAGUUUUGGCAAGGACAGCAGUCCCGCCUGCAUGAUAGGAUUCGAUAUUCUUCUGAAGUAAUUGAUGCAAAAAGCCUAUGGAAAAUUGAGCGACUGGCCCCCUGACUAGUUGUAGCAACAUCUUCACUGUGAAGCUCAGUGGUGGAUAUGUUUUUAUGUUUAUUUCUUUCUAUGCAAGUAGCAAGACUCAUGCAGUUGCAUAUGUACUCUGUAUGAGUAGAUAUAGCAAUUUAAUGAGGAUAUUUUACAUGUAAUAAAAGAAUAUAUCCUAUGAUUUUUUUAUCUGCUAGGACUGCAUUGUUUUUGAGCUGAGUAUCACUGGUACAAUUGUAUUUUACAAUCGCAUUCUGUACGGUAAUCAACAACGUAUGCAAUUUAAAACUUAUUAUAUAAUUCACGCAGUUAGAACAGGUU